AUGGACGAGGGUGUCGACGUGUCUGCAGAGGAUGACUCCAUCAACCUUGUCUGCAAGACGCACGCCGUACUAACGCAGGCAGAGCAGGCGGCAAGUCCUGCACUACAGGAUGUGCUGAUGGGUCGGAGGCAUCUGCCAGGAAUAGAGGAAGUGGAGGCACUGGCCCUGCUGCUCCAGCAACUGGCUGACGAGAGUGACCACCACCACCUGGUGCCUGCCGACCUGCGUCAGAAGAUAGUCACCGCUGCCAGCUCCCUUCAUGAGCACGACAGGACCGCUGCCAGCUUCAUCAAGAAGUAUGAGUCCAGGUGGGGCUACACACUGUUCGGCCGGUGCCUUGGGCCCGACACCCCUGAGAGCAGAGCGGCCCAGAAGACCAAGUUUGGAUGGAUGAGGUACCCUCAGGCUGCACAGGUGAGUGAGGAAAGCCGUGCGCUCUGCCUCCUCAUUAAGAUGUUGAAGAACUCGCCACCAGCCAAUCACCUGACCUCCCCCAGCAAGGUAGCAGCAUGCAUCAAGGGGCAGUACAAGAGGAUCGCGGACCGAGUGGCAGAUGAUCCCAUCCUCUGCAAGCUCUCCAUCCCUCUGCCCAACAUUAACAACAAAUCCCUCUCCACCUUUAUUGCAAAAGAGGAGAAGAAGGCCAACUACAGGGCAACGGUAAUGCCCAAAGCCAAGCCCCACCAGACUGUGCUGUCAGAGCAACUGCUGCCUGAAGCUCCUGCCCUGCCGCCGUCACUGCCACCACCAGAGAGACCUCAGGUGCAGUACGAGCAGCCUCACCAUGUUGCUGGCAGAAAGCGUGGUGAAAAGCGGAGGCUGAAAGUGCAUAUCCUGGACCAAUUUCUUUAUAGAUGAAAGCAUGUCCCUUUCCACACUCAUCCAGAAGGGCAAUUUUGCACAAGGCCAUUUGUCUACAGCAGAAAAAAAUAAAAUAAAACUCAUCUGGAAAAAUCCCAAGGGAGUCUGGAGCCAGAUUCGUGACGUCACCUGUGGAACUGCCAGCAGGCUGAGAGAGCUUGCACGGUUUCAGUGCACAGCCUGUGUAGACCAAGUUUAGCAGCUAGUGAUUUUGCAUUGAAAUAUGGAAUUGUCUCCUGAGCUUCUAAACCCAUGGAUUCAUGUAUCAAU